UGGAAUUAGGUUCCCUCGUGUUCCAUCUUCCAUUUCAGCAACCACUUACUGGAAAUCCAAUUGCUUUCGCGUGUGUAUAUAUAUGAGUGUGUGAUUGUAUUAUCCAUUUCCAUAAUCUGAUGAUAUAUGCAUUCUGGCUGCCAUUUUUGUAUGUAUAUGUGUGUAUGUCUGCAUUCCUUCAGAUCAUAUAGUUCGAUUAUCCCUGUGAGAUGACGACUGCGAUAGGAGGGGACAAGUCUUUGAUUCGCUGUUCAUUCUCGCCGCAGGUUCACUCUGCGGAAUCGAGGUGUGGAAAGGUAGGGUUUGUGAAGUUUCCGGUUGUUGAGCUUGGUAGCGGCAAAGGAUUCCUUCGAUCCGGAAUUAUCGGCGGCGAGGUGAAAUCGGGCUGUCUUGGACCUAUUUGGACUCUUGAAGCUUCUAGAACCUCGAAUGUCAAUCCCAGAGCCGAAAAAUCUCAUCAUUCUGGGUGCGAUUCGCAUGAGGUUCUUAUCAAUGAAUGUGAUGGUUUCUCUGGAAAAAGACCUCAAAUGUCAACUAUUGGGAAUUCUUCAAAUAUUGUUUGGCAUAAAUGCACUGUUGAGAAGGUUGACAGGCAAGAGUUGCUUCAGCAGAAAGGUUGUGUUAUAUGGAUUACUGGCCUCAGUGGUUCAGGAAAGAGUACUUUGGCAUGUGCUCUAAGUGGAGGCUUACAUGCUCGAGGAAAGCUUACUUAUGUUCUUGAUGGUGACAAUCUUCGUCAUGGUCUAAAUAGUGAUCUUAGCUUUGGAGCAAACGAUAGGGCAGAGAACAUAAGACGGGUUGGAGAGGUGGCCAAGUUGUUUGCAGAUGCUGGAAUUAUCUGCAUUGCCAGUUUGAUAUCUCCAUACAGAAAGGAGAGGGAUGCUUGCCGUGCUUUACUUCCAGAAGGAGAUUUCAUUGAGGUUUUCAUGGAUGUACCUCUACAAGUGUGCGAGGCAAGGGACCCUAAGGGAUUGUACAAACUUGCCCGUGCUGGAAAAAUAAAAGGUUUCACUGGUAUUGAUGAUCCAUAUGAGCCACCCUUGAAUUCUGAGAUAGUUUUGCGUCAAAGCCAGGGAUUCUGCAGUUCUCCUGGUGAUUUGGCUAAGAUUGUAAUAUCUUACUUGGAGGAUAAAGGGUACUUGAAGGCAUAGCCUGCUUACAACAGUCUAGCGGUAUUUCUCCCAUCCUUGUCCACCCUGCACAAACUUCAAAUUGCAAUUCAUUUACAGCAAGGAAUAUGGCUUUAUUAUUUAUUAAUAUUUGAUCAAGAUAGUUUAAUAAGAUGCCUAGAUUUAUAUUAUAUUAUAUUUUAUAAAAUGUAUAUGUAGAAUAUGCAUUUUUUAUUAAUUGUAGUAAGCAUGAUAAAGAACAUAUUUAAAUUGUAAUGGAUUUAUUUGACAUAAUUUCAUCAAGAAAACUGAGCAUAUCAAAUUA